AUGCUCCCUGACAGAACACUGGCCAUAAAGGAUGACAUCCAUAAGACUGAGGGCUUCAAGCAGGUGAAGAACUACAUGACCAUCCUGUUCACCUGCAAUGCUGCUGGGACCCACAAGCUGAAGCCCUUGGCAGUGGGGAAGUUCCAGUCCCCUAGGUGCCUCCACCAUGUGAAUAUAGCCACCCUCCUCGUGCUCACUCAUUCAGCGGCCAGCACCCUGAGGACUCCAGAUGGGCAGAUCUUUGUGAAGUAUCUGGCCAAGAACACCACCUUGAAGAUUCAGCCCUGUGAUGCCAGCAUCAUCAAGUCCUUCAAGGCCUUAUACAAGAAGGAACUAGUGAUGGAGAUGCUGGACCUGCCAGACACCACCACAGACUACCUGAAGGAACUGACCCUGAAGGACUCCUUUUACCUGACAGCCAAGGCCUGGGAGGCAGUCUUCGAGGCUACAAUGAGGAACUGUUGGAGGAAGGCCUUGGGUGGGGCCUUUGAUGAGGAAGAUGCUGAGGAAGAGGUGUUUCCAUUUGAUGGCCUCAAUGCUACAGAGAUCCAGAUAGCCCAGAACCAGCUGGAGGCACACCAGGAUGCAGACUUACCCUCCAUGACUGGGUUGACAUGUGGUCCCAGGUAG